UGGCAGGGGAUUAGGGCAAGACCCACAGCCUCAUCUCGGAACUCCUCGGGUGAGAACCUGCACUCGGCUGCUACGCUCCUCCCUUCCCUUCCCAACUCACGGUGAUCAUCUCCGUCUCCCCUCCGCAUCCCUGCCCCCCUCCCCUCCCGGCUUUCUUUGCUCUCCCUCCUUGCCGCGUGCCUGCUCCCCUCCCCCUCGCCUGGCUGCUCUGGGCAGCAGCAGCCUCAGCAGCCUCAGCAGCCCCGGAGAUGGGCAGAGAGCGCGCGGGGCGCUGCAGCUCUGGAGCCGCCGCUCUCCCCGCCCCCGGUGCCCUGCGCCCCCGCCGCCGCUCUCGCCGCCUGGCUGUCCCCCGACUCCAGCUCUGCUUCUAGGACAGCGCCGCCACCGCCGCAAGCCCUCGUCCCGCCCGCGCUGCGCUACCCUCAAGCGCCCUGGAUGGCGCUUUCCCUUGUCGGGAUGGAAUCGGUUUAGGAUGUGACAAUUCAAGUAUCUGGUAACUCAGUGGAGUAGCUCAACACCUGUCUCUGCUUCCCAUGCUCUUCUCUACAGUAAAAAAUUAUGACAUCAACAUCCAAAGGCAUUCUUCGUCCAUUUCUAAUCGUCUGCAUCAUCCUGGCCUGCUUCAUGGCAUGUCUGCUUAUUUACAUCAAGCCGACCAACAGCUGGGUCUUCAGUCCAAUGGAGUCUGCCAGUUCUGUCCUGAAAAUGAAAAAUUUCUUUUCCACAAAAUCUGAUUAUUUCAACGAAACCACUAUUCUGGUUUGGGUGUGGCCCUUUGGGCAGACCUUUGACCUUACAUCGUGCCAAGCGAUGUUCAACAUCCAUGGAUGCCAUCUUACGACAGACCGCUCACUGUACAACAAAUCCCACGCGGUCCUGAUACACCACAGAGACAUCAGCUGGGAUCUGACCAAUUUACCUCAGCAGGCGAGGCCACCCUUUCAGAAAUGGAUUUGGAUGAACUUAGAGUCACCCACUCACACUCCCCAAAAGAGUGGGAUUGAGCACUUGUUCAACCUGACACUCACUUAUCGCCGUGAUUCCGAUAUCCAAGUGCCUUAUGGCUUCUUGACGGUGAGCACAAAUCCCUUUGUGUUUGAAGUGCCAAACAAAGAGAAGCUGGUGUGCUGGGUUGUGAGUAACUGGAACCCUGAGCAUGCCAGGGUCAAGUAUUAUAAUGAGCUCAGCAAGAGUAUUGAGAUCCACACCUAUGGGCAAGCAUUUGGAGAAUACGUGAAUGACAAAAACUUGAUUCCCACUAUAUCUACUUGUAAAUUUUAUCUUUCUUUUGAAAAUUCAAUUCACAAAGAUUACAUCACAGAAAAGCUUUACAAUGCAUUUUUGGCCGGCUCAGUACCCGUUGUCCUGGGACCUUCUAGGGAAAACUAUGAGAAUUACAUUCCAGCUGAUUCAUUCAUUCAUGUGGAAGAUUAUAACUCUCCCAGUGAGCUGGCAAAAUAUCUAAAGGAAGUUGACAAAAACAAUAAGUUGUACCUUAGUUACUUUAACUGGAGGAAGGAUUUCACUGUCAACCUCCCACGAUUCUGGGAAUCACAUGCAUGCCUGGCUUGUGAUCAUGUAAAAAGGCAUCAAGAAUAUAAGUCUGUUGGUAAUUUGGAGAAAUGGUUUUGGAAUUAAAGUUUUCAUAAUUUUCACAUUUAGUGAACUAUAUGAAUGUGACAUCAUUCAAGUUCCGACAAUAAGAGGAACACUUUGCUUUUAUGUCACAGAUUAUUUUUUCCACCCUCCACUGAGUAACAUGUAUAUUUUGAUGGAAAUUUUUAAGAGCUCAGAAUAAGCGAUCACUCCCUUUGGUUUUAAAUUAUCCUGUAUAUAUGUGAUAAUGAGCACUGGAAAUAAUUUAUUCUUCCUUCUCAUUUGUAAACAUUCUUUUGAACAUUUUAUAGUUGCCUGUAAAGUAAGGUUAUGAUUCAAUUGUUUCUACACCAACCCGAUCUAUAAUCUGUUUGGGAAAUGGAAAUGCAUACCCUAAAAUUUGAAAGAUUUUUACCAAGGAUUAUAAUGUCUAGAUUCUAGCUUGCAUAAUGUUAACAAAGAAGGAUUAGAGUAUCACUUAAUUUUUAACCUCUUCGACUUCAGAGUUGAACACUGUGUAUAACUGAUGUCAUUUUUACCUGUUUACCACAUUUGUGAAGACGGACUUAUUCAUGUAGUAAAUAAGAAAGAUAUGAAGCAGAAAUGUUAUUAGACUUUACAUUCAUUUGCAUUAAGUUGUUUUGCAAAUGCAGACUCUCAAUAUCUUAAAAUAUCCAAAAAUUUUGAGACAUACAAUUUAUGUGAUAUUUUUAAUGCCUAAAAACAGCUAGGAGAAGUUUUGAUUGUCCCCUCUCGAAUCUUUAACAUUGCCAUUUUUGCAAAAAUAAACAAUUUCCUCAUAAAACAAGUAAAAUGGUAUCUGUAAUACAGAUAAAAUACAUAAAUUGUGCCAAUUAUAUAAUUUUAAUUACUUUGUCCAUUUGAAAUAGUUUCGAAAGCAUCAAUAUUUACAAGUUUUAUUUUUCCUUAUUUUGUAAUAAAUGCAUAUAAAACUUGAAAGGUCUAUCCUUUCAUUUUAAAAACCCUAAACAGAAUUAUUACAACUGGUAUGUAAGUGGGAAUUUUCAAGGGACAGUGCUAACACAGAGUAGGAUCUCAAAAUAUUUUUAUUAAAUAAAUAAAUUAACAGCAUUGGAAAAUCAUGGGUAAUUUUUAUUUGUUUCAAUAAAGGAACAGUUCUAGUCUAUGGCUAUUAAUUGAAAAUUAUCUUUUUAUUAUGUUUUAAAACUAUUCAUGCAUAGCAUAUGUUGUUAUGAUAUUCAGGGCUGUACAGAACCAGUAUAAGCUUAUUAUUGCACUGAAUUUGGGGGCUUGUUACCCAUGAACUUUCAGCUGCCUGCAGAAAUUCUCUUUUGAAAGUUUAGAGGAAGUAGACGGGCAUAUGUAGACAAAGUAGAUUAGGAAAAAAAAAAGCAGAUACCUAAGACUUUUACAGUAAAUUAUUCUCCAAAGGAUUCCUAAUGCUUGUGUUCUACUCUACUCAAAACCUACAGGAAAUGUAAUGCUGUGAUGAAAUCCAAUUGGAUCUUUCGUGGCUCAUUGUAGGUUUCCUAUUAACUGUUACAAUCAACACAAUUUAUACUCUCUCCGUAUAGAUCACGGGGAAAGAUACACUUUAGUUCAGUUAGCAGGUAAUUGUGUGCCCUGUGAGAGAAUGAGCUUCCCUGGCAUGGGAAGGAUUUGAACAAAUACUCCAGAAUUAAACUGGAGAAUUAAAAUUUGGUUUCAUGUUUAUUUUUUUCAGAAAUAAUUAUACAAAAGAUAAACACAACAAUAUAACACAAAAAUAAAAAAAACAUGUCACUGCCUUAAAAGGGCUUGUGAAAGAGAGCUUCCUCAACUUUUAAUGGAGAUCGUAUGAGUCAUUGUUCAUUUACUGAAAAAAAAACUACUAAUGAAUUUACCCAAUUGUUUUGCUACUCAUCAUGUGUUGGAGCUGCAGGCUCUUUCCAUCAUUUGAUCUGACAUAUAUUUAUUUCUUUUGUCCACACAUUGUUUUAUGUAUAUGGAGGUAAAGUGCAUAUACAUGGAUAUUGUCCUAAAAGCUAUACCAUAUAUUUAUUUGUUUAAAAGCUAAUUUCAGACAUUUACAUUUAUUCAUUAUCUUUUUGAUCCAUAAAAUAUAGAUACCUAAAGACACAAUGCAAUGCUAAGCUUAGAAAGCAUUUUCUCUGAAAGCUGGAAAGCAUCUAGUUGUGUUUCCAUCCACCAUUGCUAAACUGGACGCUAAGAGACCUGGAGGCAGCUAGCUGUCUCUUCUGUUGACAGUGAAUUUGAGCUUAUUCUUAAAAUGAAACUACAAUUAAAUGCCAGAAAUAUAAACCAAGCCAAGGCAACAAGUAUUUCAUUAGUGCAUCUGUACAUUGUGAGCCUAAUCCAAGCCAUAGAAAUGAGUGUUUGAAUUCCAAGUGAACAGUGAAUCACCAGCAUUUUAACUAGAGAAAAUCACAACAAUAUUCAUAAGCUAAAUUCUUCUAUCUGAAUUAAUUAUACAUAAAGCAUUAUUUAUUCAUGACAUAUAUUGAAAGACUGUCAUUCCAACCCCACACAUAGUGAUAGUAGAUAUUGGAAUUUAAGGAUCCUAUUGCUGUUAAUGUCAUGUUUGUCUCCACACUUCUACACCUUAUUGUACAAAUAUGUCCCAAUUCCUGCGAUGUCAAUAACACAUUGAUAUGUGGCAUGGUAAUCUCUGGGACUUCAACUUUUGAAUAUAUAGUUAACAAAACUUUACAUUUUGACACUUUUUCUCAUUUGUUUUAGCAGCUGAUCUUUAGCAAAAAGAGUGAGCUUUGCUAUGUGUAAGUGAGAAACAAUAACUGAAAAGAUCUGCCACUCGCCACUCACAGUUUUUUAAUGAUAUCUCAUGUGAAAGAUAGAUUGAUUCAAUCAACUUGGCUUGCGGUUGGUUAUAAUAAAGACUGAUAAUAGGCCUGGGAAUAAACUAUGACUCUAAAAUGGCCAUGAACAAGUUUUUAUUCCAAGUGCAGAAAGUCUUACAAUCAGCACUCUGAAUAUUUAAUUGUUAAUUAUUGCAGGCCUUAUUAGUAAGAAUAUGCAAAUGAUUAUUUUGAAGUUCUCUGAUAAGAACAUAUACUGAAUUAUCCAUAUCUAUCUGGAUUCAUAUUUGAAGAAGGAAAACCAUGACAGUCAUUUAUUUUAGGACAGCCAUGACUUCAUAUGAAGUAGAAACUAUAAAAAAUAAUCUUAGUGAGAAAAUAGCAACAACUCACUAUGAAAAGCAUAGCCCCAAAGUGCGUAAACCUGGGCUAAAUGCAUUGAGGUGUAAAAUGACUAUAGUAAGAUACUGCUCAUUCAUUUCCUGGCUGCCUGGACCCAAAUAAUCACAUAGAAACAAUAUUAAUUACAACACUGUAUGGCCAAUGACCCUAGCAUAUUACUAACUAGCUCUUGCAUUUUUAAUUAACCCGUGUCUAUCAAUCUAUGUAUCGCCAUGAGGCUGUGACCUACCUGUAAGGUUUCUAAGGUUCCGAUGUGUCCUCCUCAGCAGCUACAUGGCAUCUCCCUGACUUCAUCUACUCUCUAUCUCCGUUCAGCUUUUAUGCCUGACUUCCCUCUGCUUAGCCAUUGGCCAAAACUGUUUUAUUCAUCAACCAAUAAAGCAAUGCAUAUACAGAAUGACAUCACACAACCAAUGACAAAAUACUUAAGGAAUUAUUUGCUAAGUCUUUAAAUUCUUACUUCUAAUUAGAGAUUUAAAAAGGAGGAACAAAAACAGAAAAUAAAUUACUGAGAUUUUUUUUAAUUUACUGGUCUAUUUUCAGACUAGAUUUCAAGGCAGCUACUCACCCAGAAGGUGAUUUGUGUGGAUUAAUGUUUCAUGAAGUUUAGCUCUCCAUAUUUUUCCUUCAUGUCUAUCACCUGCCCUGAACUCUAAUCUCAAGGGAGGAAGUAUUAAAAUUUGUAGUCAAGCUGGUGAAUAGAAUAGACAUUAGAAGCUAAAGGGUAAGUAAUUCCUGAUGAAGGACAGGUCACUAAUAAAUGCCUAGUCAAUGGUUACAUCAGUGAAAUUAGUGGAUGUGAAAAAUACUUUUAAUGUAGUCAAAAUACCAACUUCUUCCAGACAAAGGACGUUUUUAUAUUGACUUUACUGUUCACAUUUCUCCUGGAUAGAGAGAGUAGACUGUAUAAGUUCUUUUUAUCAUGCUUUGAGAAUCCAGAAGAGGUGCUGGAGUUCCAGAGGUCCUGAGUACAAUUCCCAGAAACCAGGAUGGUAACUCACAACCAUCUGUAAUAGGAUCUGAUGCCUUCUUCUGACAUGCAGGUAUGCAUGCUGAGCACUCAUACAUAAAAUAUAAAUAGAUAAAAAUUUUUUAAAAGAACUCAAAAGAAAUAAAAUGCUAAAAAAAGAUUAAACUAUAUUUGGAACUUGUUGGUUCUAUUCUAUUUUAAUAUUAAUCACUCACCAGCUGUUUCUAAUAGAAAAUAAAUGGUUAUGUAAAUAGCAUACAAAAUCAAGCACCAUGGUAAGCAAAUAUGUAUUAUCAAACCCUGAGAAGAGAAAGCAGUUUUACCCUUCAUCCCUUGCUAAUUGCAUUUGUUGUACUGUGAAGGUACUGCAAAAAUCAGUCAGUCAGGUGAUUUUCAAUUGGGGGCAUCUCUACUCCAGAGACUUUAUAGCACUUUGAAAACGGGUAAGUUCUGCUCCUAUCUGAAGUGUGGUCCCUCUUUGUAAUUGAUGUUCAAUGCAUCCAUAUUCAUAAGCAGUUAAUAGAGUUCAAAUGGGAGAUACACUGUUAAACUAGAAAUAUAAGUAAUUCUACCCUAGGCAAUCAUUGCGACAAAUUGUAGCCUUGAGAGAGUCACUUAACCUCUCUGGAUGACCAUGUCCGUAAGAAUUCCUUCAACACCACUGCUCUUUAGUACAGGGCCUAAAUUUAUAUGUGCGUAAAUUUAAAUUUCAAAUUUCAUUGCCCAUCUAGAAAUAUUUUUGAAAGUUAACGCUCCAAAUAGAAUUUUUUUUAUUUCUCUGCAACAAUAUAUAAAUAUCUAAAACAUGAAACUGGUUACUUUAAUGAUGGAAAUAAUAUAAUCUUGGUUCUUUAUUGAAGCUUACAAUGUAGCAAGUGCUCAAUUAACUAAUCUCCUGUAUUGUUUCCUCUUAGGUCUUUUGUAACAUACUUUGAGAAUUUGAUUGCCUGUAGAAAAUCAACCAUAUAUUGAAGUCUAUUCUAAAGUAAUUCAGAUUCUUCCUGUAAUAUUAAAAGUCUUACUAUAAUAAAACUAUUUAUUGAUGCAAAACUCAGGAAGUCAGUUGAAGCUCCUCAGGCAUGUCAUCAUCAACAGAAAUAUACAAUUUGAUUGUAUAAGAUUGAGCAUAAAUUUAGAAAUUUUAUUCUUUUAACCCAUAACUAAUUAAUAGCCACCCAUUUAAUACAUUCUGAGUGCAUUUGAAUUUAAAAGAAAAUUUCCAAUCACUAAUUUUUUAAAGCAUUACCCAAAGCGUUGUUUCUAAGUCAUGUGAUCUAGAGUUUGUAAGAGACAUUGCCAAUAAUAUAACAACUGGCCCCUGUUUUAGGCAAUUAGAAUCUUUUCAACUUAGAAUAGAGAAGAAUGAAGAAGGGAGGAGCUAUUAGGACCCUGUGCCUGACUGACAUUUGCAUUGGGGACUCCUUAGAUCAAUGGUAUCAGAAUUAUUUACAUCAUUUCAAAUACUACUAUAUACCAUUCAUGCCCCAGGACUGUAUUUUUAAUAGCUCCCUAGACAAUUCUGGCAUGUUGCCAGUUUUAACAGUCUGUGUUCUGCUUAUUAAAUAGAAAUCAUUCUAUAUUCAAACAAUACAGGCAUGAAAUAUUGCUCACUUGCAAUCUUCUUAAAUAUAUUGAUAUGUAUUACUAUAUUUCAUAACUCAAGAUGUUCCUCAUACCUAAUUAUGCCUUCCACAGCUGUGCUGCUCUUCAACUAAUCCUGUGAUUUAGGGCAAACAAUUUAGCAUUUCCAGCUAUUUACUUGGAAAAAUUUUUUUUUCAUUCUCUCCUUUAGCUUUUAAAUGCUUUUUUUUCAGCACAAAAAGAAGAGUAGACAGUUAUUAGGAUCUCUUGCAGUCAACAAGCCAUUGUACAUGCCUGACCACUUGUUUUCCUGGGUCUCAGCAGCCUGUGGGAUACUUAGGAUAUGACAAUCAAUUAUAACACUGUAGACUGUCCACAAUCAUGAAUUCAGAUUUAAAUGCAAGUUAUGUUGUUCACUAGCUGUGCUUGAGCUCUUCAUCUUUAAGAAAGAAAGUUAAGACUCUCAGAUUUGUGUAUGUAUCAUGAGGGUAGGCUAUCUUAAAAACAAAUGAAUGAACCUCCUAAUAAUAUUGAAUGUCCAAUAAUAGACAAUGAUAUAUACAUAUAUUUAUGUGUAUGUGUGUGAAUGUUUUACCCCUAAUCUAUCCCUCAGUUAUAAAAGAGAAUAAGAGAAAUCUAGAACAUAUCAAAAUUUCAGAUCUAACAUCUGUUGAUGUUAAGCUGGCAGCUCACAAGAAUUUUUGAAAAAUUUAAAAAGCCAAAGGGUAAAUAUCCAAUAGAAGGGAUAUGCACAAACACAGUGUGGAAGCACACAGUAACACCUACUGAAAUUAAAAAGUCCAGAAAGGGUCGCUGGGUGGUGGCAGUGAUGGAUAGACACAGCUUGCCUCACUAAGCACAUAGACCAUCUCCUAAAAUAAGCAGGCCUUGUUUGUCUUCCCUGUUAAUUUAGUUCUUUAGAAGGUCAUACAGCUUAAGUUCAAGGAUACAAUAGCAGAAGUAGUCUCAGAUACAGUUUUCUGGUGAGUAAAUCACUCACAGAAAUGUCUAACAACCUGCCUGAAUGUUCCACAUCAACCGUGGCUUAGUCACAGAACCAAGUAAGGGUAAUUUGCAAGAGAACCCAGCCUCCCUUUACCGUUCCCAAAGAUUACAGAAAAUGAAAAAGUCAAAAUGUUAAGAUAGAAACUCAUUAAACAGAAAUUAAUUUGUUCAGUGGUGCAGAAAUUAAAUAAUUGAGCCAGGCUGUGAUUAAGUCUCUACAAAUUGCAUGAUAAAUAGGAGUUUGACAUAAACAAUCACAACUGUGCAUAUACAUAAUUUUUAAAUUGAAUGGCCCAAAAAGAUACACUUAAGGAAAAUUUUCACAUGAAAAAAGAGUGAUAUUGAAAAUAGUAUGUUAACUAUUUUUAAUUGUGCUUCCUUAAGAGAUAUUAGAAAUAUAUCUUAAAAGAAAGUCUCAAAAAUUGAAUUGGUUUACUGAAUUCUCUGGCAACCGAAUACUUUUAAUUAGUUGGAUAUAUAAUGGACAAUAAAUAAAAGACUACUAGAGCUAUAAUUGUGAUAAACAUAUACGGUUAAAAAGUGGGUUACAGGUGAUGUCUAUAUAAUCUAAAACUGGAGAAGCAUGUUAAGCUAACUUUUCCACACAUGAUUGAAUUUCAUUUUGAUUAAUGAGGGUAUAGCGGCUAGAUAAACAGGCUUGGAAAAAAAUAGUUUACAAAGACUCGAUUAACAUCCUGGACCCAGAGCUACAUAUUAUGUAAGAAAUGCAUGCAAGUAAAAAUGCAUCGCCCUGCUUCAAACUGCCCUCACUAUCUCCCUUCAGGCCAUAGUUGAGACAAUCCUAGAGAUGACAUCCUUGUCAAUGUGAGACCACCAAAGGAAUGCACAAGUGGAUUAAGAUAUUAUGUAUCUCCAUGGGCUAUGGUGAGACCUGUGUCCAGAUUAACUGAUGGUCUACAUAAAACUGGUAACCACCUACUUUAUAAGAAGGCACAGUUUAACACAGAUUCUAAUGUAUGGUUUUAAAAAACUAAUCAAGGGACGUUAUGUUUUUCUUUUUUUUUUUUCUUUCUCUAUCCCUUAACAUCACAUGUGAUAGGAGUCCUAUUAUGUCAUAAGUCCCUAGGAAUCAAAGCAGGUGUUGUGGGGGUGAAAGGUAAAAGGGAACACUCCAUUUCAUAAAUGUACUGAGUAUACUUUUAGAAAUAAGUUAUCUUAUCAGUAGUAAUGUGAUUUAUUCUGUAUCUAUACCAGCAUGGGAUAAAAUAGUGUUUUUUAAAACACAAAAUAAAGAGCUUAACAAGUCUAAAUUUAGAUCCAGGUUUACAUGAUUCAGAGAGAAGAGAGCAUCAAGAAGAAACAAGAAAAUGUGAAGAAAACUCAUGAUCAAAGUCCAUUUUAGCUUUUAGCAACUAUGGUGUAAUUUGCUAGCAUUUCAAAGCCACAGGAUCCUCGUUUGUUAUCCAAAGGUGAUAGACUGUCAUUAGUUCACCUAAGAAACUCUUUAUAACUCUUUACAUAUGGACAUUGGUCCGAAAUCCUGAUCAGAAAUAUGGUCUACCAUAUACUCUAGACUUUUCCUCCAUGCAUUCUUCCAGGUGGCUAUGUUCUAUAACUGUAAGAAGGGGCAGAACAUCCCACAUAAAGCUUGGCAUAAAGUACUGCUUUAGAAGAACACUGUAGUGAAGGUCCACAAAGGAAGAACAGAGUAUGUGCCUACCACCUUGAUUCUGCUCAGGGUUGCCAUAUAAACCAUAGUCGAUGCUUGGCUUGAGUAGUUCAAGUCAUUUUCAUAAAGGGACUCAUACUCAAGAAACGAAGGUCAAAGCAAUUACACUAAAACAAAAUGUGCCAAUUCUUUCAAUAUGUAAAUUCUAAGGACCAGUAGGCCCUAAACGACUUUGAAAGCAAUUGUAUGUUUUAUUAUUGUACUGUAAUUUGCACUACGAUAUUAUCAUGUUCAAGCAAACUUAAAAUGCUCUCUAAUGCCAAAUGUAUAGAUCAUAGGUUCAUGUUAUUUCGUAUAAGAACUACAUUGCAUUGUGCCAGUUGUUUAAUGCUAUUAACUUUCCCUGGGUGUUACUAUGAUGCAGAUCCAACAGGGUUGUUGUAAGCACACUAAUUAGUCAUCUAGGAUUUUAUAGAUAAAAAUCAUACAUUGAUCAGAAAUCACUUUUUUACUUAUUUUUUUGUAGAGUAUUUUUCCACACUUGAAAUAACAUGAUUAUUUUAUAUCAAACAUCAGUUUUUCUUUGAAAUCUUAUUUUGGUAGCCAAUGCAUGUUUGAAAUAAGAUGUUAAAUACUAUGAUAAUAUUAAGGUUGUGUUUGUAAAUGGGAAAUAUGCAUGCUAUAAUGAACCAUGCAGCUUGGGGAGGGGGUGUUUCCCACUGCCACCUUACAUGCAAGCGUUGUCUUAAUCUGUGUGCAUGAUUCGCAUUCUUUCAAGAGUCCUUUUGCAAUAUUUAUAUAGUGAAUUGUGAGUCUUAGUGCUGACGAGCCCCUGUGACAAGGCAGAAUACUGUCCUGCUUUAGUUUUUCUUCCAACAUUGCAUUAUAGUGUUAUAAAGUUUCCCAAAAAACCUUUUUCUUGGGGUUGUCAGCAAUUACCUACAGCAAAUAAAGUAAUUUGCUGUCAAAUCUUACAAGUGGCAGCAUAGAAAGUUAAAGUUUCUAGCAUGAAGAUGUGAAAAAGUCACUGUACAACGUUCCAUUAUAUGAAUACAAUAUUCUGGCAGCUCUUUGGAUAAUCAAGGAAAGCUUAUCAUUUUUGAAACACUGCCAAAUCACUACUACUGCCAAAAAGGAGAAACACUAAGUCAGACCUGCAUUAUACCUGAGCACUAACAAGACUAUCCAGACCGCAACCAAUUGGUACAGCAGAGGUGAGAGAAUGGUAGACCAAAUCUUUUGUUUUUUUAGUAAUUUGCAAAAUGUAGAAGAAUUUUGAAUGUUGGCAACAGAGAUACACCUUUACAUGCUGGAAAAAUCACAGCAAUCUCUGAAAAUAAAAUCUCUGAAAGGAUGUGCUCAGGCAUUUUGUCUGGUUGGUCUUAUUUAUUUUAGAAAAAAACCUUGUGUUUUUGAAAGGCCUAAUUUUAGGCAGGUAAUACAAGUAGACUGAUUUCUCCCUCCCAUAAUGAAUCAUGUAUCAUAACAUAUAAUGGGUGGAACAUAGCUUUCAGUAAUUCAAAUUACCAGUAUAAACUUUCACCACGUUGGAAGGUAAUUUCCCUGUUACGUUAACAAAGCAAAGAAGCCUUAGUAAUGUUUAUUUGCUUAUUUAUUUAUUUACAGUAGAUUGUUUCUUUGGAGUCUAAUUUUAACAGCAUCAAUGAAGUUAAUAAAACGCUAAGAAAAAUGACUCUAGUUACUAUUCCAAGUCAAAAUCCUGAGGUUGAGUCCCUCUGAAGUUCAAAAGUAAAGCAUUGACUCAAAUGAAGAACAGCCCGCCGGUUCAGCCACAGAGAGGAUGACUUUGUCAGUCAUGAUAUCAUAAGUGUGAACAGCCUGUCCUGUCACAGAAAGGAUGACUAUAUCAUUCAUUCAUGAUAUUGCAGGUGUAUGAAAAGGUGAAUAUGCCAUUUACAAUACUGUAAGUGUGUAACACUCAGCAAGUGUCUGAUCUGGUCUCGUAGUUUGAUACUGCAUGCAUCCCUUCAUUGAAUUCACCUGUAAAUAACAAUACUUUGUGGCAGCUAAGUUAAUAUUUAAUAAGCCAUGAAGGGCAUGAUGUCAUAGGAAAUCUGUACUUUCAGCUGUUUGGAGAAAUUGUAUUUUCCAUAAAAUAAACCGGAGCUGCCAUUUGAAAUUUUCUUCCCUUAAAAAUUAUGUCAUUACAAUGUAUGUUCCUGAUCAUUGAUGCCUUUUCAGGCUUAUAACUCUAUGAUGUGAUUGCUCCAAUUUUGUGAAAUUUUGUUUAGCAAUUAAUGCUUUUUACCAUCUGCACAAAGAUUCCAAUGCAGAAAAAUAAAUGUGUAAAGAAUUUGAGCCUGUAUGUAAGUCUCUUACAUCACAUUUACGAUAUUCAGUGUAAAUACCUCACUGAUUUGACACUGGAGUUAUUAGAUGUGUAAAUAAUAAUGUUCUGUUUGGGCCUAAUUAAUUCCUGUAAUGUGAAUAUUUAAAAUAAAAUAAUUCAAUUUAA